UUUUCCUUUUUCUUUUUUCCUUUUGGUUCUUUCUUCUUCUUUAAGCACAUCCGCUUUAGACCUAACCUAACCGGCUAACCCUAGUGCUCGAGCUCUGUUUGAAAGAGAAAAACUUAUCCAUUCAUCAUUCCAUUUACGAAACCCAAAUUCAAUUGAGCAGCCCGCCUGAAUCUCUGCAAUUGGUUUUCUAGGGUUUGAUUUGAUUGCCCGUGAAAUUUAGGUUUUCUGGGGGCGGACUUUGGUUCUGUAGCUUAGGGUCUUCCUGGUAUGGAGCCGCGAGUGGGGAACAAGUAUAGAUUGGGUCGGAAGCUAGGCAGCGGAUCCUUUGGAGAGAUCUAUCUUGGGACGAAUAUUCAGACUAAUGAGGAGGUGGCGAUUAAGCUAGAAAAUGUGAAGACAAAACAUCCUCAGUUGCUCUAUGAGUCGAAGUUGUACAGAAUUUUACAAGGCGGAACUGGUAUACCAAAUGUUCGAUGGUUUGGUGUCGAAGGUGACUAUAAUGUUCUAGUUAUGGACUUGCUUGGACCCAGUCUCGAAGAUCUAUUCAAUUUCUGCAGUAGGAAACUUUCUCUGAAGACAGUUCUGAUGCUUGCCGAUCAAAUGAUCAAUCGCGUUGAAUUCGUCCAUUCAAAAUCAUUUCUACAUAGAGAUAUUAAGCCGGAUAAUUUCCUCAUGGGCUUGGGACGGCGUGCUAAUCAGGUCUACGUCAUUGAUUUUGGCCUGGCGAAGAAAUAUAGAGACAAUUCAACUCACCAACAUAUUCCUUAUAGUCGGGAGAUUGAUGAUAGUAAUGGAAAGGACAUUUUCAGUUUUGAUGGAGGAGGUACUAGGGCCAUAGAUUUGGAGAACAAAAACUUGACCGGGACAGCACGAUAUGCCAGUAUGAACACUCACCUGGGCAUAGAACAAAGCAGAAGGGAUGAUUUAGAAUCUCUUGGGUUUGUCUUGAUGUACUUUUUAAAAGGAAGCCUACCUUGGCAGGGACUAAAAGCAGGAACCAAAAAACAGAAAUAUGAGAAGAUAAGUGAGAAAAAGGUGUCAACUUCUAUUGAGGCACUGUGCCGAGGUUAUCCCACUGAAUUUGCUUCGUAUUUCCAUUAUUGCCGUUCGCUGCGUUUUGAAGACAAACCCGAUUAUGCUUAUCUUAAGAGGAUAUUCCGUGAUCUCUUCAUCCGUGAAGGUUUCCAAUUUGACUAUGUAUUUGAUUGGACUAUUUUGAAGUACCAGCAGUCUCAGAUGGCCACUCCUCCUUCACGUACUCUUGGCCCAAAUGCCGGUACAAGCUCAGGACUCCCCCCUGCAAUUCCCAGUGGUGAGCGACCGCCAGUUCACAUUAACGCAGGUGAGGAAGAGGGGAGACAAGUAGGCACGUCUUCAGCAGAUCCUUCUAGAAGAAGAGGUUCAGGACAACUUAUUAACGCUGGGAGCUUAUCCAGACAAAAAAGUCCAGCUGCAAAUGAUUCAGCUAGCAAGGAUGCUAUGCUUUCCAGUUCGAGUUUCUUUGGAAGGUCCAGUGGCUCACUAAGGCGGCCUGCUGUUUCUGGAAGUCGAGACACUUUCACUUUGGGCAAUGAUUCUGAUCAAACUCGUUCACGCACCCCUGAGGCCAGCCCAGCUACUGCAAACAAAAUCUCAAGUGCCCAAAGAACCUCACCUCUCGGUGGAUCAUCUGACCCAAAGCACAGUUCUUCGGGUAGAAACAACCCUGGCAUAAAAAAUUACGACUCAGCCAUAAAGGGUAUCGAGAGUUUGCGUUUUGAUGACGAAGAAAGGUUUCACUGAAUACAUUCAUAUGCUUUUGUUUGUCACGUUACUGUAUAAAUACCAUGAAAUUGCGAUAACAAAAGGGGAGUUAGUUAACAGAGCGCGCGCCGUGGGGAAAUUUCUAUCUGGAGGAAGUUGUGAGAAUUCGUGUUUCAAGAAAGGACCAGUUUGUUUGGCAUUUGUGGUUGUGACAGUAAGAUAACUGAUAAAAACUCGAGUUGGGUUUAUGUGGUGGUUUGAAGCUACACUAGUUCACUCGAGUUGUGUAGCGUGGGUCUUUUAUUCCAUGUGUCGGGUUUUCUGUUUGAAGUGCCCUUUGUUCAUCGGUACUUGGCUUAUUUCUGCCCAGUGUUGGGUGUUCCGUUAAUUGGCCGCUGUAAGGAUGGCCCUUCUUACAAAAUUAUUUACCUGUUCAGGAUAUUUCAAUUCCAGACAGAUUUGUUACACAUAUCAACAUUCAAUCCUUCUUAUUUUUUUAGUGACAAUUCUGUUUUUAGUAACAUGAUGUAUGAAUCGAUAAAGGUACAUCUGGUUCACGGUUUAACUGUUUUCUCCUAUUAAUCUAGAAACCGAUGUCACUAGUGAUUGCCUCUACUGUUUCAAUGUACAUUUAUGAUGUAUGCAUUGAUAGAAGUCCAUUUUGUACGCGAUAUGACGAUUGUUGCUCG